AGCAGUUACCUGUGCCUGACUUUUAUAUCUCCCACUGCCCAUAAGUCUGCAGCUCAACUUCAGUCUGCAAAUAGGCAGCAAAGUGAUCGGCGUUUGGUUUAAAAAAGCACUUCUUGUUUCGUGGCAAAUUCAAAUUACUGGAAACUAGCGUCAUCGCCGAGUGUGGAAAAACUUCGCACAAAUUUGGAUAAAUUUUUUCAAACUUUUCAUUUUUCGUUUGAAGGUUGUCUUACUUUUCCUAAACAAUGAGAAGAGCCAAAAGAUGGCUUCUGAUAUUUGCAGCUCUUUUGGGAUUUAUGUCACACACCGGGGCUUUAAGACCAGGUUUUCCUAAGCCCGCAUAUACAACAUCAACAACAACCACCACCACAACGACAACAACAGAAGUUCCGGAAACGACUGUAGCCGUUGUUGAAGAGACUGAAGCAAAAGGUAAUAUAACAGCAAAGCCAUCGAAAAAAUUAACUGGAAUUCCUCAGAUCGAUUGGGUUUGGGAUCCAAACUUGCCACGAGAAUUAAAUGGAUACAAUCUAUCAAGUUAUCCAUUCUUCAGUACUGUUCCACCUCACAAUGAGAUUGCAUUUAAAUGUGAUGGUCUUCAUGAUGGAUUUUAUGCAUCUAUUGAAUACAAAUGUCAGGUCUAUCAUCACUGCAUUUAUGGCAUUCGGCAUGAUUUCUUGUGCGCCAAUUUCACAGCCUUCGACCAGAGGACAUUUAUUUGCCACUUUGUUUCCGAAGUAGACUGUGAGCAUUCUGAAAAAUUCUGGAACAGAAAUGACAACUUGUACAUGGCCACCACAACAACAUCAACAACAACAACAUCCACACCAGCUCCGCUAACUCCAGAACCAGAAUUCAGACCCCGUCCUAAUCGCAGACCCUUGAGGCGUCGUCGUCCGUCAGAUUACUACUACGACGAAGACUAUGAAGACGAUUACUAUGAGGAAGACCGUAGAGCUAACAGACGUCGCAAGCAGCGACCACGUAAUCGUCGUCCUGAAUACGAUGAUGAUUAUGAAGAAAAGAGGGCAUACAGUGAUGAAGAUUCUCGAUUCGAUAACAAACGCUCGAAGAACAAAGAUCCAAUAAGAGACGAUGAACAAGAUGAAGAUUACGUUGAAGAUCGCCGUACAAAGCCUAAAGCACGUCCAAAAGGUGCUCCAGUUGGUAGACAAGGUGACUUAUCGGAACGUCGAAAGACUCCAAUUGUUCGAAAAACUGCAGCCGAUCGCCAAACAAUUUUAGACGAAAGACGUAGUUUAAGUGAUGACAGGGAAAAACCUAGAAAUCGACUUGACGAAGAACCUGAAGUGAUCGUGCCAGAACGACGUCCAUUAGCUGGUGGAAGAAGACGUAAAAACGGUCAAAAACGUCCAGCUCCAAUUGACGAUGAUUUAGAUAGACCAAUUCGUCGUGAUGAAAUAGAGGAGGAAAACGAAAGUCCUGCUGAUAGCAAACCAGCUGGCAAGGAAGAAAUUGUAGUUCGUCCACAGACAUCAGCUGCUGCACAAAGUCCUAUAGCGUCAAUCUUCGAUCGACCACGUGUUGCACCAAGAAUUCCUAGACCCGUUCCGAUACAUGAAAGAAACAAGUUCGGUUAUCAGGGACAAAAGGCAACAACAUCAACAACAACAGUUUCUCCAUUGAGUGAUGAGUACUAUGAUGACCAAGAAUAUGAGGAUGUGAUUCCAGUUAAGGAACCAGCUGAAAAACGGGACACACCUCGUCGAAGAGUUCAAGAUGAACUAAGUCUACGACGAACUGAUGACAGUCCUCCUCGGCGUUCUCACAGUCAAUCAAGACGUGGCACCGAGAAUCCUAAGAGGAUUAGCAAGCCUUUACCUAGGAAGCCUGUAGCUUCAAUUGACGAUGAAUAUGAUUCAAUUCCAUCGAAUGAAGAACCAGAACGUAGACCGAAUCUCCGAAAACGUCCACAUACCACUCGCGAUGAAGAUUCCGAUCCAAUUGAAGAACCAGUCCGGGAACAUAGACCACGUUCCCGUGAGCCAAUACGUCGACCUUUGAAGAAGGAAGAACCAAUCGUAGAAGAUACUGUCAGAGAUCAUAGACGGGAUCACCGUCGGAGACCUGCAGAAACAAUUGACAAAGCUCCUCUUCCGGUGCCAGCAGAAGAAACCGAAGAAGUCUAUGAUGAACAUGUUGAAGAAGAUGCUGAAGAUCUGCCAGCUGAAAAACCCUCUGCAAAUCUCGAAAGCGAGAAACCAGCACGUGAUGGUCGUCCAGUUGUGAGAGUAGUGAAACGUCCAUUCCUGCCAUCUCGCGGUGGAAGUCCGUACUUGCCGAGAGGACUUCAGCCGGUAGGUGGCGCUCUUAAACAGACCUCCACAGAAAGCACUCCCGUCGAUAUGGGAUCGACAAUUUCGGGAGUCCGUCUGCUAGAGCACGGGGCUCCAAUACUCCGAGAAACCGGUCCCAGUGGGUCAGACUCCGACUAUACGGUGUCGCCACGGAAAGGUCCCCGAACUACCUUGCCACCACAAAUUGAGCAUCCAAAAGCAAUUCUUGAUGAAUUGUAUGAAAAUGAUUAUGACGUCACUUUAAACGAUGCUCUCAAUCCCACUUUAAAGCCCCUUUCAUCUAGCAAUCGAAACUUUUUAGGUCCGUUCAAUAAACACGAGAGGGCUGGAUAUUCACCAGCUGACUCGUAUUUCUCAUCGACAGAUGUCAGGAGACGGACAGUCUCAGCACCACGUAAUACAAGGCAAGAAUUUCGAGGAGCGACGAGAGUAGCACAACAUUUUUAUGAAGAUUUCGAAUAUUAACCCGGGGUUUGUGCUUUCUACCUGCCUCUUGUCCUUAAAAAAAAAUU